AUGUUCAUUACGCUGGAACAACCUCUACUCUCAAAAUCAUAAGGAGAAACUAAUAAAUUGGGUAAGAAUGUCCAGAUGCAAACCUUUAAUUAUAUUCAAUAAGAUGAAAAUGGGUCAUAACUUGAAGAUGUUCCCAUUAUGACAAGGAAAUUCUUACGCUAUACAAAUGGUAUUGAAGCUUAUUUGAAUACAUUUCCUUCUUUUAAUCCUGAUCAUUGGGCAAUAUUUACUUGGCGACUAUUUAUAUGCUUCAUGGUUAUAAUUUAUUUCUACUUAAUACCAAUUCUUAUGUUUUUUGGAUAUGAAAUCAUCUCAGAGAAUUUGCAUAUUGAAAAUUUUGCUGUUUUUUUGUAUAUCGUGAUGUCUUUUUUGUUUAUUGAUAUCUUCGUUACUCUAAAUACAGGGUAUUACGAUAAGGGAUAGAUGGUGUUGGAUAAGCAUAGCAUAUUUGUUAGGUAUAUUACUUAAGAAUUCCUAUUUGAUAUAAUUGCAAUAUUAGCCCUAAUUUUAUAAGUAUCUUUUCGAGAUCAUUAUGGGUUUUUAAUUUGGAUUCCAUAUCUCUUCUAUUUCAAAUAUUAUUAUGUUACUUUGGUGGAUACAUAAGUGGAAUAGCUAUUAUAAGUUCAAAGGAAACUCAGGGCAUUUUACCAAAUAUUGAAAUUAAUUUUGACAAUCCUUUUUUUGGUGAAUUUGUUUGCUUGUUUGUUUUAUGCAGCUGGAGAUUAUUGGGUUAACUAAAGAUAAGAUUAUGGAUCUUGGUUGAUUUCAUCUGGAUUACAAAAUGAUAUUUAUUCUCUGCCAGCAACUAUAAAAUAUGAAUAUUCAGUUUAUUGGGCUUUAACAACCAUGUUGACUGUUGGAUAUGGGGAUGUAACAGGUAAGAACCCUUUAGAAAUAUUUGUUUCAAUCAUAACAAUGAUAUUUGCUUGUGUUAUCUUUGCUAUGAUAGUCAGUGCAUUCUAAAAUGUAUUUUCAGAAAUUACUCAGCACAAUAUGUAAUUUGACAAAAAAAUGACUGACAUUAAUAGAUUCAUGAAGGACAAAAAUAUCGAUUAAGAAACGUAACAGAAAGUAAGGAGAUUCUUUAGUUUCAUGUUCAGUGAAAAAGUUAGAGAUUUUAAUGAAUAGAUUGAAAUAAUUAAUUAAUUGGGACCUUAAUUAAAGGAUGAAGUUAUAAUGUAAUCAUAUGGUUUGAUAUUCAAAAGAACCUUCUGGUCCAGUCAAUUUUCUUUAGACUUUCAAAAGAAAAUUGCCUAUCUUAUUAGUGAAUAGAUGUAUUGCGAUGGUGAAAUAGUUUUUAAAUAAAACUUAUGCAGUUUGAAUGGAAAUAACGACGAUGAUUGUCUCUAUUGCGUUAGCAUAGGACAUAUUCAAUUGUUUCUAUAAUUCGAAGAAUAAGAUAUGAGUUUUUAUGAGGCAGAGUAAGAUUCAAUGUUUGGAGAAUUAGGAUUCUUAACAGGGAAUUCAAGAACCCUGUCAGCUAAAAGCACAUCGAUUUCAUAAUUGUAUAAACUUAAAAGAAUGGAAUUUAUUUAGUUAUUAUAGUAGUUCCCAUUAGACUUUCAAUACUUCUGCUAACUCAGAGAUUAAAUCUUAUUCGGAUAGUACAAUUUGAUCAAUCUCAGUUGUUUCUGCUGUUAAUCGAGUAGUCACCUAGCUAACGAUUGUCCAAAAUCGCAUUACUAUCCUAAUAAGAUAUUCUUAAUUAGCAGAAUCAUGAAAAAUCAACAGGAAAGAUAACCAUUCAAAAGAAACAAUAAAGAUUUAGAGGGCUUAAGAAUAAGUCAAAUAAGAUUUGUCAUUUGUAUAUGA